AAUGUUUUUGGCAGCAAGCCUGCUCAGGAGAAGUUCAUGAUCUGUCUAAAGCAGAAGUGGGAGUCAUGCCCGGCGUUCAGGCUCUCAUGUGGCUCUGCUGCUGGGAGCUCGAAAGUUGCUGUCCUGAGGCACUUCAUUCUUUUUUUUCUUUCUUCCCUUAUUUUUCUAUUGGCGCUUCAUUCAGCCAGCCAGCCUCCAGUGUACUGUACAUCUGUCUGCCGGCUGUGCUCUCUGCUCCGCGAAAGUGCCGCCCUCCUGACAUCACAGAAAGUAUUAUCAAGCCUCUCCUGCCUCACUUGUGCGCUCUCUCUCACUCUUUCUGUUUGCCACAGGCGUUACCAGCUACCUGGAGCCCGGCUAGAACGUCGCUGUGCACAUGGAAGUUGAAGCACGAAUCGCUGGAGAAGUGGUCAGAGAGGACAUGCAGGCAUCUCGCAAGAUCGAGAGGUUCGACAUCCCACUGGACAGCCUGAAGAUGAUCUUUGAGAAGACGCCUGUCAAGUCAGCGGGGGGCAGCGAAGUUAAGGCCGAGAGAGCCACACAGUCAACAGCGUCAAAGAGGCAGCAGCAGCAGCAGCAGCCCACAGGCGACCCGCUCAACACUUCCAUGGACCAGAAAGGCAGCCAGGCAGCUGAAGAGAAGAUGAUCCCGAAAAGCGACCUGCACACCAGUGACGCUGCUGGCAGCACUGACAGAUCUGGAACUGGAAUUCCAGAGGACGCUGCUCACAGUAAUAGCAGUGUCCCAUUGGAUCACCAGGAGACCAUCUCGCUGAAGGAAAGGCUGGCCAUGUAUCAAGCAGCUGUCUCCAAGAAGGAGCCUGCAGGUGCCUCCUCCACGGCUGUGGAAGAGACGGAAGCCCGGUCUUUGCCUGGAGGGCUUGCCAGCGUGAAGAAACAAUUUGAGAGCCAAGAAAUUGCAUCUUCGCACAGCACAGUCACCCAGAUCCAUUACCAGCACAAAUCUGUACAGGAAGUGUCAAGAUCAAAGCAUGUUGUCACAAAAGGUAGCACAAGGACUGAGGAACAAGAUGUUUCAUCAUCAUGUGAGGCAUCGUCUGCUGAAAAGAUUUCAUUGGAGCAGUUUGACCAGGAGGCAGUCAUAGAGGCAGCAUACGAAAACCACUGUGAUGGAACAGCUAAGGUAAUCUUGGAUGAAGAGUUACCAAAGAUUUCCACUCAGGCACUGAAGCAGCAGUUUGAAAAGACGGCCCAUGAAAAAAUUUCAAAUGAGGGGACACCGAGCAAACAAAUCAAGAUUGAUCAUGAUUACAAUCAAAUUGUAUACGCUGCUGGUCUCGGCACUUCAAGAAUCUCAACAGGCAGGAUUUGUGAAACGUCAAGCAGGACCCAUAGAGAAGAAGGAAGCUCUUCAGUUAGUGCUGGCACAUAUACAUUUGGAAAUAUGGAAGAGUUCCCUCCUCCUCCUCCACCUGACUUAAUGCACUUCCCAACAGAGCCUUCCGCUUCUCCCGAACUAGCAAUGUAUUCAACAAAGAUUUCAGCCCCCAAAGAUCAGUAUUCAAAGCAGAAGAACCUCUCUGAAUUGAAACGCUUGUAUAAGCACAUCCAUCCUGAAGUCAGGAAACAUCUGGAACAGGAUUACUUUAGUGAAGUUACAGAAAUGGAGACAAACCAUGUUGACACCAAGGAAGAGAGGGGAGGAGACGUUCAACAGGUCCGGUAUGUUUUCGAAAAUAGUGGAUCAAGUCCUAAUAAAUGUAUGAGUCCAGAGCGGGAGUAUCUGGAAUGGGAUGAAAUUUUAAAAGGUGAGGUGCAGUCAAUGCGCUGGAUGUUUGAAAAUCAGCCGCUGGAUUCUAUCAAGGAUGAAUCUCCAGAUCAGAGCAAUGAAAAAAGCAUCUCCCAGACAGAAGUCAUUGCUGGAGGUGAUGUAAAAUACACUGCAUGGAUGUUUGAAACACAACCAAUGGAUGCUCUAGGUUCUGACUCUCCAGACUCUACUGAACACACAGCUGGCGUCCCUGAACUAGCCAGGGGAGAUGUUCGCACAGCAACCUGGCUUUUUGAAACUCAGCCAAUGGAUUCGUUGAACAAGAUUUACCAAGAGGAAGAUCAGGCCACAGAGAUGCAAACCAUGAAAGACAUAACCGGAGGAGAUGUGAAAACCACAAAGUUUCUGUUUGAAACUCAGAAUCUGGAUAGCAUAGGACACACCGACAUUGUUGAUGAAAGCAACUUCUUGCAGCUGAAGUCUGAGCUUGAGCAAAUUAACGGAGAUGUUAGAACAACGACAAAACUUUUCGAAACUCAACCUUUAUAUGUCAUUAAGGGCACCACAGGAGAAAUGUUAGAGAUAAAAACGGUGAGACGAGAAGAAACUGAAAGAGGUGAUGUCAAAACCUCACGCUGGCUGUUUGAAACGCAACCACUUGACAUGAUCAACAAGGAUGCCUCUCAAAUUAAAGUAGUCUGUGGAGUGUCUAUUGCUGACAAUAUUCAGGGGGGUGUAAACAAGGGCAGGUGGUUAUUUGAAACUCGGCCUCUGGAUACCAUAAACGAAGAGUCUGAACAAUCAGUUUUUCAAAAGGAGGACAUAAUUGGAGCCGACGUUCGCAAGCAGUGCUGGAUAUUUGAAACGCAACCCAUGGACAUUUUGAAGGAUUCCUCCAAUGCAAGACCAUUACCUCCUGAAGAAAUCCUCGGUGGAGAUGUCCACAAAGCACGAUAUUUGUUUGAGAAUGUCCCCAUGGACGCCUUAAAAGAGCGUGAUGAAGUGGGAAAGCUUCAAAAAGUUGUCACUUCUGAAGAAGAAAAGGGAGAUGUUAGGCAUCAAAAGUGGAUUUUUGAAAGCCAUCCUCUUGAAGAUAUCAGGGAGGAGAAGAAGGAGUACAUAAGAACUGUAAAGCUGGAAGAACUGGAUAAAGGAGAUGUCAGGAACUGCAAAGAACUUUUCGAAACCAUGGAAUUAACCACCUGUGAUGAAUCUCAGAAAAUACAAGUGGAAGGAGUGACCAGGGGUGCUGUGAAGUCUAAUAAAGUUUUGUUUGAGUCCACUCCACUUUAUGCUAUCCAAGAUAGUUCUGGACAGUAUCAUGAGGUGAAGACCGUAAGAAGAGAAGAAAUAGUAAAAGGUGACGUAAGGAGUUGCAAGUGGAUGUUUGAAACGCGCCCCAUUGAUCAGUUUGACGAAAGCAUGCAGAAGUUCCAGAUAAUUAAGGGGAUCUCCAAAGAAGAAAUUGUAUCCGGUGAUGUUACAACAGCCAAGUGGCUCUUUGAAACCCAAUCCCUUGAUGCCAUUAAGCAUUUCAAUAAUGAUGUUGACGGGGAAAGUGUAGUCCAAAACAGCUCGGAUAUUGUGAAAGGAGAUGUAAAGACAUGCAGGUGGCUCUUUGAAACCCAGCCAAUGGAUGCUCUUUAUGAAAAAGCGGAGUCGAAAAGUGAAACAGAAGUCAUUCAAAAAGGAGAUGUUAAAACUUGUACUUGGCUGUUUGAAACACAGGCCCUUGAUACUCUCAAAGACGAGUCGGAUGGUGUUCUACAGACUCAUACCGUUAAUCAGGACGAUAUUCAAGGAAGUGAUGUUCGAAUGGUACGCUUUCUUUUCGAGACUGAAAACCUCGAAAAUAUAAAGGGAGAGGAGGGUAAAGGGUUUAAGAAAGUGACCCAAAUCGACGUUGAAUCUGGAGAUGUUUCUAGGAUGAAAUUCAUCUUUGAGAAUCAGAUGUCAGACAUAGUCAGUUCCACUUCAGAAGAAAUGAUGAAAAGGCUGAAAGCUACACAAGCAGAAGAUAUUCAGAAAGGAAAUGUUAUAAACUGUACUUGGCUUUUUGAAAAUCAGCCCAUUGAUACCAUUAAUGAAAGUCCUGAAAAAUCCGAAAAUACCCGUACCGUCCUGGAUGUACAGGGAGGAAAUGUUAACCAAGGCCGCUUUAUUUUCGAGACGUUUUCUCUCGAUCAGAUUCACGCCGACUCCUCCUCAGAAGAAAAGAAUGUUCAGAAAAUUAGCCGAGAAGAGAUUGAAAAGGGCGACGUGAGAAACUACACAAUGCUCUUUGAAUCCCAGCCUCUCUAUGCCAUUCGAGACCGAGAGGGUUAUUUCCAUGAAGUUACCACUGUUAGAAAAGAGGAAAUUAUAAGCGGAGAUGUUGUGGGAGCAAGAUGGUUAUUUGAAACAAAACCUCUUGAUUCGAUAAGAGAUACCGAUGAGGUCUACAUCAUUAAAGCAGUUACUGAGGAAGACAUCCAGAAGGGAGAUGUUAGCUCUGCCAGGUGGAGAUUUGAAACACAGCCACUUGAUAAAAUUUCCGAAGAUAUGAAAGUAUCGGUUCGGACAGUUGAGGACGUUCAGGGUGGUGAUGUGAAAGCCAACAAGCAGCUCUUUGAAUCUGAGGGCAUGAACCAAAUGUCCAUCAGGACAGUAAGUGUUAGUGAAAUUCAGAAAGGGGAUGUUAGAACUGCCACCUGGUUGUUUGAGACGCACACCAUGGAUGAGAUCCAAGAGCAAGUGUCCGACUACAGUGAGAUGAAGACCGUGACAAAGGAAGAUGUCCAAAAAGGAGAUGUCAAGCAGUCAGUCUGGCUGUUCGAAAAGCAACCCCUCGACAGUAUAAAUGUAUCAGACGAAAGUGAGGAGGUGGGCAGACGUGAAGAAAUCCCACAAGCUGAUGUGAAAACAACAACGUGGCUUUUCGAAACAACCCCCUUCCACGAAUUUAAUGAAAGUAUCCUUGAGAAACCAGAAAUCAUCGGAAAAAGCAUUAAAGAAACACUUCAGGAGCUGUACUGCCGCAAAGUGGUAGAUUCCCACGGGAUACUGAUUGAAGCAGAUGAAAUUGGAGACGUCAGAAUGGCCAAGUUCAAACUUCUGAAUCAGGAAGUCCCAGAGAUUCAAAGAGAAGAAAUCAUAAAGGGGGACUUGCAAAAGAUAAUGAUGAACCUACUCCGCACAGAAGAGAAACUGGGAAGUGGGAUCGUAAUUGAUGAAGAAGAAAAAGGUGAUGUUCACAAAACUGUAUCCCAAUUGCUAAACAGAAGAGAUGAGGUCAGCGUGGAACAGAGGGAGGUAGUGAAAGGUGAUAUACAAGAGGCAAUUAAAAACCUCUUGAAAGAAGACAGCACAACUAAACGGGGAAUUCUCAUUCAGGAGGAUGAAAUGGGGGACGUCCGAAUGACCAUAUACUCUUUGCUAAACAAGACAGAGAAAGUGGAUAUAAAAACGGACGACAUAGUGAGAGGAGACGUUAAAGGUGCAAUCCAUAACCUUCUGUCCUCGCCAUACAGUCCAGAACUUCCACGAAGGAUUAAAGUGGAUGAGGAGGAGAGAGGCAAUGUAAGCUUCUACACAACAUGUAUUGAAUCUGGAGCUCUCGAUUACCUAAAACUGCUUCAGGGAGAAUCUAAAGAAACAACCACAGAGAAGAAGGAAGAGGAGGAAGAAGAAAUUAUUGCUGGAGAUGUUGAAAAGACAAAACGACUCCUUAGGAGAAAGCAAGUUCAAUUUGAACGUACUGUUGCAGAAGAGGACAUUCUACCAGGUGAUGUUCACAACACGGUCAAGGUCUUCAUGACAGAACCAGAGAACUCCUUUACAAAUCUGCAAAGGGAAGACAUUGUCAGGGGAGACUUAAAGGCAACCAUGGAGUCUCUAAGCCAGGCUGUUAAUCAAUCCAUUGCUGUAGAAAAAGAGGAGGUUGUUAAAGGGGACAUAACAGCAACAUUGAAAUCCCUACAGGAAGCAAAGCACCAAGCUAAAGACACUGAGAAGCCCGAGGUAAUUCCAGGAAAUAUUAAAGGUGCCAUGAAAUCUCUGGAAAAUUCAGUCAAUACAAAAGGAGAAUGUGCGACUGAAGAACUUGUCUGUGGAGACAUAAAAGAAACAUUAAAAUCUCUGGAAGAAGCAAAGCGGGUCAUUAAAGAAUUUAAUAAAGAAGAAGUCAUAAAGGGGGAUAUUCAAGCUGCAAAGCUAAACCUGUUGGAGGCGUCAUCAGAAAAGAAAGCACUGCAGUCAGAAAUAAGCGAGCAAGGGGAUGUGAAAGGCACUAUCCAAAUGCUCCAGCAACAAAUGCAACAAAAUGCAAAUCCAAAGCGAGGUGGUCAGAAAGCUGUAAAAUCCCUCUACGAUAUACAAGAGCCGACUCUUUUGGAAGAGGAUGAGGUACUUAAGAGAGAGACCCAACAUACGGUAAUGAAAGUCGUCAAAGAAAAGGUGGAUAUGAAGGAAAAUGUCAAAGGUGCCCCAGUAACUCCAUUAUGCACACAGCAAGAUGCUCAGCAGCAUUCUGUUGAGAGUGAGUAUGAGCAGCUGAGAAUGACGACCCUUCCUACUGGUAAAAAUCCAAUUCGGAAAACUGAAACCGAUGCAGACAAGGGGCUUCAGAGGUUUACCAGAGGUGGUAAAUCUACCGUCGCUAACAUCUCAGUACAAAGGAAAGAGUUAGCAGCGGGACCUUCCACCCAAGCCAAAGCAGAAAUAAUACACAAGGCAGAAACUUCAAUGGAUAGUAUCUCAGGCCAACAGACACUCAAAGCAAAGUCUACCCUACAAACAGGAUUACCCUUGAGAAUUACACAUGGUAAUCCAGUCGCCAACAUUCCAAAAAUGGAAAUGUCUCAGUCCACCACUCAACAGUCCAAAGUAAUUGAUUUAAAACUUUCUCAAACAACUGUGAAGCAAACGUCUCAUCAGACUGAUUCGGAACGUAUGGACAUCCAAAGGCAGGACUUAUCCCUUAAAGCAAAAGCUGACGCCAAAAUGAAGGCUGCUGUAGCAAAGGAUGUGACCGUGGCAAAGGUGGAAAAAAUGAAAAUGAAACAAGAAGCAAAUUUCCCCCCACCACCGCCACCACCCCCUCCACCUUCUGCACUGCCAGAAGGUGAACUGCCACUGCCACCACCGCCUCCACCGCUACUUGCAAUGGAAUUUGAGCAGCAGUCUUUUCCUCCUCCACCACCAUCCGCGUUAAAAUCUGACACUGAAGGCUUUCCCUUGCCUCCUCCGUCAACAGAAGCAGAAAAGGAUAAAGUUGGAAAGGUCCCACAACUGCCUCCUGCCCCACUUAAUCCAAUAAUCAAGAAGAAAUUCAGUCAAGAACCUCUACCACCACCACCUCCACCACCAACACCACAGGAAUUAAAUCCAAGGAGAAUCCCUGUUAAGCCUGUGAAAGGACCUUCGCUGCACAUAGUUUCUAAAACUGAUACUAAGAAGGAACAAGAACAAGUAAAGAACACAUUGGAGAAACAAGAAAUUAUACUACAGCCAAAACCAGAUCCUAUAAAAAUACCACAGAAACCAGCGGACGUCCACUCAUCUGGAAAAGAACAGGUUGAGGGGAGUAUCACCAAAAAGCAGGAAACUUUGAAAACUUCACAGAAAUCUUCUGAAAAUGUUCUUCCCAAGAUGGCACAAAUGGAGCCUCAGCGCCCACAAGUAAAGAAGGUCUUUAUACCGCCAGUCAAGCUCCCUUCACCUGUUCCAGAGGUCUCAGCUGUCGCACCAAAACCGUAUGUGAGAAAAUUCAAAACACCUCUUAUGAUUGCAGAGGAGAAAUAUCGCAAGCAAAGGGAAGAGAUUGAAAAAAUCAAAGGUGUUAAAUCAUCCCAGGGCUUGAUGAGUCAAGAGGAAACCGAAUUGGAAAUAGAAGUGCCAGCAGCAAGCAAAGAGCAACCUAGCAGUCAACCAAUAACCACUAAGGAGUCUGUACCAUGCGAGGAAAGUAAGAAUGAAGUCAUGGCCAUCAAAGCGGAUGCUGUUUCAGUCUCCUCCAUGACUGCUGCUCUUCCAUCCACUCAGCAAAAAAACACUGGUGUCUUUUUGACUGAAAAUGUUCAAUCUCACAGCAGUGAAGUGCUUGCAACAUCUAUAGGCACAACGUCUGAGCAGCGGGAAUUUUCAGUAAAAACAAGUGUAGACAGGAAAGUUGUGGUUCAAGGAAGCACAAACACGCAACAGAGUGCAGUUUCGUUGAAGAGUGAGAAGGAAGAGCCCGCCAAGAUAUCUUCUCUUCCCUCAAGGAUUCCCAAAGUUACUCCAAGCUUUAAAGUAAGAACCAUAAAAAUUCAAAAGAGUGAAGAACCCAAGAGCCAAGUCACCCAUGACAAAAUCAAAGAAGAAUCUGAGCAAAAAAUCUUGCAGGCAGACCAACAUCACAAGGUCACAAUGUCUAAUGUAAAGAAUGUCCAUGGAGAAGUAAGUGUCACUUCAACCACCAAGCACAUGACACACUCUGAAACAAAAGUACAAAAUGAGGAAACUAGCAAAAUCACCAAUCAAAAUGUGAGAAUGAAUGUGCAUGUACGAGACCGCUCCCCACCCAAAAAGAUCCCCAUAAAGAAAAAGCCUGAUCAAGGAAUUCGAGAUAGUGAAGAUGCCAAGAUCAAAAUACUGACUGGUGAAGCAAAGCCAUCUACAGCUGGACAUUCAACCCAAGUGGCCGAACAAACUGAAAAGCAACUGUUGUCUAAAAUUAGUAAAAAGGAGCAUGUUCGCUCUCAGGAAACCAAACCACCAGCUCCUGUGCCUCCAAAAACAGUCAAGGUGGAGGAAGCAGCCAUGCAGAAGACAACGCUCAAGAAGCUGCAAGACGAACAGGUUCACCUUCAUGAGCGGAAACAAACUAUGAAUACUCAAAAUGUAGUCAAGUGUGAUAUACAACAAGAGGAGAAAAUUCAGAGCAUCUCCCCAGACAUUCCGAAAGGUGACUGGCAAAAAGGGGUCCGCAAAAAACCAACAGGUGAAGCUCCACCGACUUGUCACGACGAAUCCAAGCCUGUAGUAGAUCUUGUGGAUUUUAUGAGAAAGCGUGAAGAAAUCAAUCAGAUCUUGUUUCAAAUCAAAGAGCUGGAGAAAAAUACUGGAAAAACAUAUGUGAGCUCAGCAAGAAUACUGCUUGCUAAAAUUCCCGGUUGGUUUAUAGAACAGGAAGAAAAAAAGCACUUGGUAAGAGUUGGAAGUGAGGACAACUUGGAAAAACUAAAGGAAGCAAUUGAAAGUAUUACCAAACAAGGUUUUGAAAAGCUGGCACAUUUUGAUAAUACUAUACAUCAGUCAAUCCAGUCUGUAAGUAUUAAACACGAAAAGCCAAUGGCAUGUAAGGAAACACCACUCGCAUCUAAAAUACCAGUAAAUAUUAGUUCUUCCAAACGAGAGUCUCACAGUAAAUCUGAAGUGGUGGAAGAAAAGACAGUGUGGCAUGAAAGCAGAAAGCAGGAGUUCUCUCAAGUUAAAACGAUUGACCAACGAAUUCCCUCCCCUUUGAUCAAAAUGCGCUCACCAUCCCCAACUUACAUUACAAUCGAGUCCACUGCCCGAAGAACGCAGUCUCCUCAAACAGUUGACUCCUCAACUCCCCCUCCACCCUUAAUGCAAAGACCUCCCACACCACCGGCGCCUCCUCUACGGAGAUCUGAUACCCCGACUUCGAGAUUAAGCCGAGCAUCUGCAACUCCUUCCCCGCCAAUGGCUCGAGCUGAAAAACUCGCAAAGCUAAAAGACACAACAGCAAAGCUCUCUCAUGGCGUAUCGCAGACUCAGUUGUCAUCACCUGUGCAAGUUUCAGAGAAAAAAUCGGAGAUCGUAGCAUCUCCUGCGUCCCUGCGUCGGCAGCUGAAAAUUGAAACUCAUGUUGGUGAAAUGACCACCAGUGUUUCCUCUGACUCUCAGCUUAUGGCUGGCAUCGUAAAAGACAUGAAGGAAUUUUAUGAAGAAGCAAGAAAAGCUGAAGAUCACAAAGUCUACACACGAAAGGACCCUAUUGACAUUCCAGAGCGUUUAGGUCCAGAUAUAGAAGACUCUGAUCGUGAGGUAGAAAAAGACGACUUACCAAGAGUGGACUUGUCAGAACUUCUCCAUCGGUUUGAAGCUGCCACUGAAAAGACUUUUGUACGAAAAGAUCCCAUUACAACUGGUGACAAACUUGGAAAUGACCAUAAAGACGAGUCUAGCAGAGGAGACGUCCAAACAUCAGACAUGCCGCCUUUAGACUUUAAGGCUAUUAAGACGGUCUUUGAAAAUGCAGAGCGAAGUGCUAAUGUUAAGGAGGAGAGACACACAUCCAGUAAAAGACCUCCUUCACGAGAAAUUGAAAUCAGAGUAGAUCAUGGUAAACAACACACUGGCACAAAGCCCCCUGAGACAAAAGUGCAGCCGGAAAUCUCAACCGACACUAAAACCACGAGUGAAGUGUUUUCAGGUGCAUCCAAGCAUUUUUGGAGCAUGAAGACCAGACAUCCACCUCCAACCUAUGCAGACGUUGUCAAAGGAAACAUACCAGUGCUAGAUGUUUCCGCCGAUGUGUCAACAGAGGAGCUGCUAAAGAACUUCCAGAAGACCUGGCAGGAGAGUGAGAGGGUAUUCAAAAGUCUUGGGUACAAAGUGUCAGAAUCAGAAGAAGUGGCAGCCCAUGCUUCCCGUCAGCAACAGCACAUGGAAAAUACAAGUUCUGGAGCUGGAGAUGUGCGUGGUCUGUCAAAAGAAGGUGUACCCGAUGGAGUGCUUAAUCGCAGACAAGCAAACCUUCCAUAAGUCUUGUUUCCGUUGCCAAUACUGCAAUAGUCAGUUAAGCCUAGGGAAUUACGCCUCUCUCCAUGGACAAAUGUACUGCAAACCUCAUUUUAAACAACUUUUCAAGUCCAAAGGCAAUUAUGAUGAAGGAUUUGGACACAAACCAUACAAAGAUACCUGGAGUCAUAAAAACCUGAACACCACCAGUGAACAUAACAGUGUAAAU